AUGGGAAAAAAAGAAACUCAAUCUGUCGCUCAGUACUUGCGACAGAUUCACCCUGUAAGCUGGCCCAAGUUUGGUAAUGAUAAGCUCACCCCGGACGAAACCUCGGUGGUGCGAGCUGAAUGGGGGUCUGUAGAAGCCUUGGGGGAUGGAUGUCCUCUUUUUGGAGGUAGAGCUACAAGUGCUGUAGAG